UGCGUAGGUAUAUGGGUUAGUUAUUGUUUUACAAUUGUUACGAACACGCAAAUAAAUUUAUAACACUUACAAUAAAUUAUUAAAUAAUUCUUAAUUUUUUUAUAUUAUUAAAUGUAACGUUUUUUUCUUUAAAAUGGUGGUUCCAAAGAAUACUGCUAAAAAUGGUAAACCGAAAAAUGGUGAUAAUGACAUCAGAAAAUCUCCCAGCCCUGAACCCUUUCAAGAACCCGACGGGAUGACAACGGUGGAUUUGAAUAAAAGUGAUGAUUAUAGUAGUGAAAAUGACAUAGAAAAGGAAAAAAUUAAGAAAAAGGCAGAAAUAAAAUAUCUGACCAGAUUAAUGAUAGUUCUGGGUUCGUUAUUUUUGGUUGUAGUUACGUUUUUGAUAUUUGGGUUCCUCAAUAAAGAAUUUGAUUUAUUUACCACCAUACCAGUAGAAAUAAGUCCUAGAUUAUACCAAACUACAACAACAACUACAGAAGAACCAAAAAAUGGUCUAAUAACUCCAGAACUAUUGAAUGCAAUGUUCCAAUCUGAGAAAUAUAGAGAUCAUCUAAGCCUGUGCAGAAGAAAACCAACAAUUGAAAAUUGCUGUGUUAUAUUUCAAGAUGAAGAUUUUCCUGAAUUUAUUGAGUUCUGUAAUGUUGACGACAUGGUAAAGAAUUUGGUGGAGUAUGAAGUACAGAACAGGAAAAAACGUGAUGCUGAUGAGUAUCAAGGAUUUCAUGAUGGUCUUCAAGAGAAUCUGUUCUUGCAAUCGAAUAUGUAUGAAGCAACAGAAAAAUCUCCUAUUACAGAAUUAGCAUCUGAAAAAAGUGAAAUUUCUUCAUCUACCACUAAUAAAAUUGAUCAAGGAUUUUUUAUUGAUGAUUCUGGAAGUACCACAGAGUAUAGUUUAGACUUACAAGCUCUAAAAAAUAAGUCUGGUGCAGUUUUCAAUCAUAAUUCUACAUCAAAAUCAAAAUUUGAUGAACCUUCUUCUGUUACUGAUAGCAUUCCAUUAAAUAAAAACUCUAACGUCUCAAAUUCUGAAUCACCAACUGCUGAGAAUGAUAAUUCUUUACCUGAGCCAUCCCAAUCUCGUGCAAACUCCAACCAGCAAGAUUUCAGAAACAAAAAUAAAUUUGAUGUCUUUCCAUCUACUAACGAAGACCUUCCAACUAACCAGCAAGCACCCUUUUUCAACCCAUGUCUAUAUCCUUAUAUGCCUCCUUAUGUCCAAGCUCCCAAUCCAGCCGUUACUCAAGACCCAGGAUUCCUCAAGGUGGUUCCAGUAAGCCAGCCGAGGUUCCAAAACCAGCCCAUGUACGUUUUGAACCCACAGACUUUGUAUACUAUGCCUCAAAUGCAUGCACCACCUCAAUCUAUGUAUCCUAUGAUGAUGCAGUCACCUUUUAUGCAAGGUUUCGUUCCUCCAAACUAUUUUGGAGGUGGUAUGAGUCCUCCUGUUCAAGUUGCAUCUCCGGGAGGUCAGUAUUACAUGUGCAAUCCUAUUCCAGCUCCAACCAAUCAGGUAGCUAGUGUUUCUGGAGUGGAAAUCAGAAGGCAGGCUUCAGACUUGCAAACUCUAAUGGAAAAUUACGAUUCACCACAAAACAACAGAAGUAGAGAAGCAACAUUGAUAUGUCCCAUUGGAGAACAUGCUUGCCUGGAUAACAGCAAGUGUCUUAAGAACAGGCAUAUCUGUGAUAGUGAGGUUCAAUGUGAUGAUUCUAGUGACGAAAUAGAAUGUUCCUGUAAAGAUAGGGUUGGUAAAUUGAGAGUUUGUGAUGGAUAUUGUGAUUGUCCUAAUUGUGAUGACGAACAGGGAUGUUUUGGUUGUGAAGAGAAUGAAUUUUCCUGCGAUGAUUGGUCCAGAUUUCGCAAAUCCACUUGCAUUCCAAUCAGUCAGCGAUGUGAUAACAUCAAACAGUGUGAAAUUACAGGAAAGGAUGAGAUGGACUGCUCUAUUUUGGCAGAUCACAUCGGACAGUUUCCUGUAAACAAAAUUUCAAACUCCGUAGGGUUUUUGCAUCGAAACUACAAAGGAAAAUGGUACCCUACUUGCUUUGGUACCGAACUUUGGGCUUUGCAAGUCUGCCAGGUUGAAGCUGGACCUAGUAACAUAAUUCCGAAAUCUCACAUGACAUUGACUACAAACCCUUACCAAGGCCUCUUCAUCAAUAUCCUGCCAAAUGACGAAGUGAGUCUAGUAAAUACAUGCGUCCAAGACCGAGCAGCUUUUGUAGAAUGUCCUCCUUUGUAUUGCGGUCUUAGAUUCCUAGUAAACAACCCUUACAGAUCUCAAGAGAUCGACACCAGCGUCGAAGACAUGCUCAGCGACCUUGAAAGGGCUUACAAAGUGAAAUUUGAUGAAGGUGAAAGAAGUAAGGACAGUUCAAAUGAAGAGGAAGAUAUUUCUUAUAGAAGCGCAUCAAGAAUAUCACGUUCGAAGAAGAGUACUGAUAAUGAUCUGUGGCAAGAACGUUUGGAAGAAGCUAUAGAGAAUUUAGAGAGGUCUGUAAGAUCUCCAGAUAACAGUACCAACGACAAUAUACUGGAAGAAAGUAGAGUAGUUGGUGGUAGGGCUAGUCAGCCAGCAGCUUGGCCUUGGUUAGUGUCAAUUUACAAAAAUGGCGUGUUCCAUUGUGGAGGAGUACUUAUAAGUGAGUCCUGGAUCCUUACAGCUUCUCACUGUGUUGACAGAUAUUGGAAGUAUUAUUAUGAAAUUCAAGCAGGAUGUUUGAGAAGAUUCUCGUAUUCCCCCAUGGACCAAAGAAGAUUUGCUAAAGUUAUUAUUCCUCAUGAGUUUUAUAGCAAAGCCAACUUAAGAAACGAUAUUGCUUUGAUAAAACUAUCUGCACCAGUGAGGUACAACAGAUACGUCAGACCAAUAUGUAUACCAUCUGAGGCAACUGCAGGGAAGAGUUACUUGAAAGGUCCAAGUCCAGGAACCAUUUGUACCACAGUGGGAUGGGGUGCUACAGUGGAACAUGGUGCAGACCCUGAUCACAUGCGUGAAGUUGACGUUCCGAUCAUCGAACACUGCAGCCACAAGGAGGAUUCUGACUUAGAUGAGAUUUGCGCAGGUACCAACGAAGGAGGUAAGGAUGCUUGCCAAGGCGAUUCGGGAGGACCCCUGAUGUGCAGGAACCCAAACAACCCAAGUCAGUGGUAUUUAGCAGGGAUUGUAAGUCAUGGAGAGGGUUGUGGAAGACCUAAUGAGCCAGGGGUUUAUACCAAAGUCAGUCGUUACUUGGGUUGGAUAGCUGAAAGUACCAGAGAUAACAGACUGGCAUAUACCAGUCCUUUACAAAAAUGUCCAGGUUUUAUUUGCAAUGGUACCAGAAGAUGUAUACCUAAGAAAAGAAGGUGUGAUAGAAUCGUAGACUGUUUGUUAGGUGAUGAUGAAGUAGGAUGUGAAAAUCGAUUUAAAGAUGUUUUUAAACACUCUAGAAAAAGCGUCUUGGGACCGGUUUCUGACCCAUCUGAGAGCAUCGAGAAUGCGCUAAUACAAACUUUAGAGCCUUUAAAUGAUUUAAACUUACUGAGUAGCAGUUUAAAUCAAACUAGUGAAAAUGUAACCUUAGAAAAUAUAAAGGAAGAUAACAUUGAGGAUGUAACUGAAAAAGAAACAGAUAGAGAUGAAGAUGAAGAUGUCUUGCUAGAAAUGAGAAAUAUUUUUUCUGAAGAGGAAUAUUUCAAAUGCACGACUUUGUUACAGAUAAUCCCAAUGGACAGGAGAUGCAACAAAAUCGAAGACUGUGAAGAUGGAACAGACGAAACAAACUGCACUUGUGCUGACUACGUUAGAAACAUGGAUGCCAGUGCUAUUUGUGACGGUAUUACUGAUUGCUGGGAUGCAUCUGACGAAGAAAACUGCAUCAAAUGCAAUUCCACCCAAAUGGUGUGCAGACUCAGUCAGAAAUGCAUUGAUUUAUCCAAAAGAUGCGAUGGUGUACCUGAUUGUCCUCAAAAUGAAGACGAAUUAGACUGUGUAACUUUAACCAAUGGUCACACUCUUACACUGGACAAAGAUGAACGUCCAAUGUUCAAAUCACGCGGUAUAGUGACCAUUAACCACGCAGGACAAUGGACACCGUACUGCUUUAACAGUUCUUCAGAAAAUUCAAGUGAUGAACCUUCUGUGUCAACUGUCAUUUGUAAUAUGCUCGGGUUUGACGAGUACCACACUUACAGCAAGUACCAGCUUGAAAAUCGAAGUCUUAACAUCAGUUAUUCUAUGAAAGAAGGAAGGUUAUCUGAGAGGGUUGAAGAAGAAUGCGUGAAUUGUUGCGAAGGACUUUUUAUUAGCUGUUCUAAUGUAUCUAUGAGUUCAACUCUGAACUACAAGUCUCUGGAACAAGUCAAAGAGCUGUAUUUUUCUCCAUGGACUGUGGCAAUUUAUUCUAACGGAAAUUUCAAGUGUAUGGGUACGCUUCUGGAUCAUUUCUGGAUAGUAACAUCCAGUGGAUGCUUCAACACUAUUACCAAAUUACAUUUCACCUAUGUAACGGCUGUUUUUGGUAAAGGAAAAUUGAGUUUACCUAUUAGAGGUCCUCACGAGCAAAUAAUAAGAAUAAUAGAAAGCAUUGUGGUCAAUCAGACUGAUAUAAUUUUACUGAGAUUAGAACAUGAUGUAAAAUUUAAUAGAUAUGUUCAAUCAGCUGAUCUGGAUGUUAGGCGAGAAACUCUUCAAACUGAAAAAUGUUACGCUGUAGGACGAGACAACGAUAACCAAGCUCUUUUUGUACCAUUAUCACCAAUGAAAAAUUGUAUGGUUGGAUAUAGAUGUUUCGAAAAGAAAAUUGAAGUUUGCCAGGAUAUACAUCCCUGGAGCGGUACUAUAUUCUGCGAUUCACGAAACGGCUGGUACCCUGCGGCAGUCUACAACGAAAAAACCGGACAUUGUGGGUUCUCUCACGAGAAAAAGUAUACCAGCUUAAAGUAUUACAAAAAUGUAAUAUUUUCGGCUAUGGAACAACCUGCAAAGGAAAUUACUUCAAUUAUAUGCCAUGGGUUUAGGUGUGACCUCGGCAACUGUAUUUCCAAGGAAAAACUUUGUAAUGGAAUUCCGGAUUGUACUAGAGGAGAGGAUGAAGAAAACACCCUGUGUUAUGAGAAGGAAAAACAAUGUAAUGUUAAUGAUAACUGUGUAUGUCCUUCAACAGAUUUAAAAUGUCCCUCUUCGAAUAAAUGUUUCCCGAAAUCCUCGUUUUGUGAUAGAGCAAAUAAUUGUGGAGAAUUUGAAGACGAACCAGACAUAUGUUCUUGCAAAAAUUACUUAAAAUUGACAGAUCCAGGAAAAAUAUGCGACGGCGUGGUGCAUUGUAUGGAUAGGUCUGACGAGGAUCCGGAUAUUUGCAGUUGCAAACUUAACGAUUUUGAGUGUGGAAAGAGUAACAAAUGCGUGUCACAAGAAAUGGUUUGUGAUGGAUUCAAAGAUUGUCCUCAUGGAGAGGAUGAGACGGUUUGUCUGUCAUUACAGUCAUCAAAUCAUGAAGUAACCAAUGCUGGCGAAGUUAUGAGCAGAACAGCUGGAAUAUGGCAUUCUGGAUGCUUCGAACCAUCGUAUUCCAUGACAAGCCUGGAAAAAAUAUGCAAAAAACUUGGAUUUACAGGUGGUAGUGCAAGUCAGCUACCUUCACCCAAAAAUAUAUCAACCCAAAUCACCUUAAGGCCAAUCAUGGAUAAGUUUGAUGUCGUCUGGAUAAGGAGAUCUCCAGGAAAUAAGCUGAAAAUCAGGAUGAGAUCAGGUAACGUGCCUUAUGUGAGACUGGUCCCAGAUGACAAGUGUCACAGACUGUUUGUUGCAUGUAUAUAAUUUUUGGUA